GGAAGCAGCUCCGUCAUCGUGCGCGCUGCGGAGAGAUGCGGCGGCGCGCGGUGCAGCCUCAGCGGCGGAGGAGCUGAUGCGCAGUGACCGAGACACGGAGCGAAGCAGCGAACAUCCAGGCUGAGCUAGGCCUCUGAAUCCGGGCGAUGGGACGGAGCUGAACGGCGUCGGACGGGUCGGUUGUGCAGCAGCAGCAGCAGCAGCGGAGGUGCCGGAGGAGGUGCUGGAGGAGGUGGUGGUGGUGGUGCAGGCCGAGUGGACGGAUGAUGCUGAGCCCGGAGAAGGAUGCUCCAUCUCCAGGGAGGCUUGAACAGGCUCCUGUAAACAACGAGGAGGCAGAGAGGAGGACCCUUCAUCCACAUCCACACGCUGAGGUUGUUGAGUGACAGCGGAGUCAGUCCACAGUGACGAGGGGCUCGGGGACGGUAGCGAGGAUCCGAAGACGCCGUCACGGAGCAUCAGACUGAGGGGGAACUUCUCCUUAUCCUCUCCAUCAUCAGCACUGACAGCUCCACGUCUGACCUGAGCGUCUCUUCUCCUCAUCGGAGGAUCAGGAGCAGCUCCAGCUCCCUUGCUCAAAACAACUGACUCUGAUUUACUCCUUUUGUUUCUUGUCCAAACCCUCCGUUGAGGAUUAACUGUUAAGAUACAAUCUCAGGACAACUAAGACUUGUCUCUUCAGAGGAUGCCAGCAGCUUCAUGAUGCCCUUUGUGUUCUUUCUGAAUCUUUUUACCGAUGCGUGGUCACGCUCUGAAUCAAGAAUAGAUUCCUGAUAGUGGCAGCGUUUCCUCUCAGCGAGUUCAGCUCGACCUGACAGGCUGCAUUUUGAUAAAGGGUAAGUAAGGACAAACUGAUAAAACAUAGAUGAGGCCAACAACGAGCACCAUGCUCCAGCAGAAUAACAACAACAACUACCCCUGUCUGAAUGUGUCGGGCUCCACCCGGGAGAUGCUCCAGAAGUGCUCCAGAGCCUCCCUGCCCUUCCCCUGCCGCCUGGAGCUGGGCCUGGGAGACCUGCCGCUGAUCCGGGGCCUCCGAGCUUGGGCCCUGUGCUCCAAGAACCGCUGCAAGGCUGGUGGUCUUCUGGGAGGAGGUCAGGCCCCCACAGCUCCGCCCGCAGGCCACAAGGGCUCAACUGCCGGCCCCCGGCCUGCGGAUGUGCACCUGAGUGGUGAAUGGGGCCGGAUGGGGUACGGGCUUCCCUUGGGGGUGGAUGCCAGGCAGGCUGGGAUUGGAGCUUUGGUAACGGUCGCCACUCUGAAGACCUCAGAGGGCAGCGGGAAGACGCAGACUCAGUGCCUCUUCCUGCGGACGGAGAAGGGGAGCUGUUUGUACUCGACCGCUAAACCCGGUCCUGGGAGGACAAGCGUCGCAGCCUCCAGCGGGGUCGGAGGGUGGCUGAGAGGGAAGACAGGAGUCGGAGGCAGAGACGCUCCACCCGGGAGGAGGGACAACGGGUCAAAUGUGCCGGCACAGGCCGGAGCAAACCGGGUUCGAGUGCGAUCAGGCCGGAGAUGGAGGAAGUCCGGUAACGCAGCCGGACGUGAGAAAACAGGCGUGAGCAAAGAGAGGCAGCAGAGGAGCAGGGAGGGAGCUGCAGGAGAAAAACAGGAAGAGCGAGACAAAGGAGGCCUGCAGAGUGAACAAUCUCCCAGCAUGCAGCAGGAUGGCCGGAGAGCCAGGCAGGAGAAAGAGAAAGAGGGAGUUUGCAGAAGCCCUAGAUGCUGCCACAAUGUUUCUGCUAAAAGUUGUUCUCAGUGUGGAAGGAGAGAGCAGAGAAGGGAGAGCCAGGAUGAAGGCGAGGGAGGUGAGGGUCCGAGGACAGAAGAUGGGAGAGGAAUGAGGAAGGAGAAGCAAGUGGAGCUACAGUCCUCUAAUGCUGUUUUGGCUUCUGCAAACCCUGACCUAGAAUCCAGCUGCCUUCAGCCCCAGUCCCUCAGUGGCUGUGAUGGUGGAGAGAUUAGAGAGGCCGCCAGCAGCGAGGAGCCGAAGAUGCAAACCACUCCCAGGAGUCACGACUGUUCAGAGGAGGAGCAGGAUUCAAACUGUGAGAUUCUGAAAACAAGUAACAGAAACAAUUUCAUCCUUCACGUCCAGUCCGGACACUUGACCGACAAUUUUAAAUCGAGACACAGCGGAGGCUCUAACGACAGAGAAGCAACUGAAAAUCCAUGUGAAGACAAAGUGGAUAAUGUAAAUGGAUUUCCUGAUUGUGCAGAAGCAGAGAGGGAGAGAGCUGAAAGUGAAGAGGAGCAAAGGACCGUCUGUCUGACUCCUGCGGAAUUCUGUGUUGUCUCCGACUGCUACGAGGACGUCUCUGUCUCCACCCGUCCUGUCUCCCCUGAGUCCUCUACGCCUGCAGGGGGCAGCGUCUGCUCUGCUGACCACCAAGCCGGUUGGGUUGAGAGAGAACAAGAGAAGAGCCGAGAGAAGCUCCUGGAGAGGCAUCGUGAAGGGGAGCUGGAUGAUGAGCCUUAUGAGAAAACCAUGAAACCUCAGCCCUUCUGCAAACAUGAGGACAAAGAGGAGAGAGAAGAUUCAUCUUCACUUCUCCGUCUCAAAGAUCCUUCCAUCCUCGAGAGCGAAACAGAAAACAGAUGCAACAGCAGGAGAAGAGAGUCUGAGCAGAGAGACGAGCUGGAGUCAGAGGAGAAAGGAGAGGAGGUCAGGGAGAGGCAGCUGGAUGGAGUCAGCAAUGAAGGUGAUGACGGACACACAAGGGAGGAGACAAACAUUAGUGACACACUGAGGGACAGUUCUGAAGACCUGGAGAAGAACUGUCCAGCAGAAGAUGAGCGGAGGCGACAGGACUCAGGGGACGGGUCCAGGGGACCGAGGGAAAGCGAUGGAGACACCUGCAGCAUCAGACGUCCAGAGGAGAACAGAGGGAGCAGCACUGACCUCCCUAAUGUGGCCUGCUCUGAUCCCUCCACCUCUCCUGCACCGAGCCCGGCUAAUCCUGACCUCUCUCCACCCCCCCUGGGACCCAUGGCAACCAGCCUGCCCUGUCUGGAGGAGGAGGAGGAGGAGGAGGAGGAGGAGGAGGUGCUCAGAGCGCCGGCCGGAGACGGAAGUCAGGAGGGGAAGAGGAGGUGCGGGAGAGAGCAGGAGGAGGAGAGGGGUUCCACCGUGGCCGCUGCAGACAGGAGGAAGGAGGAGGAGGAAGAUGAGUUUGGAGUGUUCAUACAGGCGGACGGAGAGCCGGCCUGCGGCGGGGGGGUCACCAUGUCUGCCCCAGUGCCUUGUGGGAGCAGAGCGAGUGUCGCCGGGGACUCGACCCAGUGGACGCAGGGCUGGACGGACAGCUCCUUCCACCAAUCAGACGACGCCUGGACGGCCUUUCCCUCGUCAGACGAAGGUCGAGACGCCGCGGGACAAUGGUGGCCGACCAGCGCUGUGGAGGCGAGGAGAGACAGGCUGUCGGCCAAUCAGAGCCUAGCGUCUGUCUUCGCUGAGGCCUUCCCCUCGCCGCCUGGCUCCCCUCAGGGCGCCCCCCACACUGUGCCCACCCUGACGCAGCUCCUCCGGGGCGGAGCCAGCCAGGACCAGGGGCUGUUGGACGGUUUCCACGACUUGAACAAAAUGAUUGGUCAGAGAUACAAGAGAGCCAAUGGCGUGUCCCGUGACCUCCUGCUGACGACCCUCCACCUGGAGCCGCCUCCCACCGACCGCCGACCUGCUCCCCGGCCAACCAACCGGCGUCUCUCCCCCGGCCUCCCCUCGGCCAAUCAGCACGCCCAGUACGCUGCCACCAAGCGACGCCUGUCCUACGACUACAACAGAACCGUCACGGAGUAACUCAGAGGUUCACUUGAAGAACUGCGGCUCUGAGACGGAUCCACCACAGGUUCCUCACUGAACUGUUCAAACUGACGAUUUGACGAACCUGAGAGAAGAUGAACACGUGAAGGUGGAGCCACGUCGUCUCCUGUAGAGCUGGUGGAGGAAUCUUUCAUCACACAUGUUCCAUCCUGUUCACCACCAACCUCCCAGUUUGAUUUUCUUUUAUCAACAUGUUCGAGAGCCGAGGUUCCAAGGUCCUCACUCCUGUUGUCCCUCCUGGUUUAUUAUUGUCUGAAAAGGUUUUAAGUCUAAAGUUAUUCAUUCAAAAGUUAGAACUCCCCAUUUCUCCAGUUUAUAAUGAAAAAUUGAAGCAACACGUCCAGUGAUUGAAGAGAAAUUAAAGUGAUUAAAGGCCCCUUGAAAAGAAAAAUACACUCGACCAGUUUGAAUCCUGUGUUAAUUCUUCAUUUCUCACUUUUCCAGAGUGUCCGGCUGCAGGAUGAGUCGAACAUUCUAAGUAGAAGAUGCUGUAGCUUCAGAAACACUGAGACAUUGAAUUAGGGACAUUGGACAGAAGGGAGGUGAUCUAAAACCUCCUGUGAGUCGUGUUUGUCUCGGAGGCAGAGCUGCUUGCUCGGCAGAAACAGCCUCGAUGGUUGAAUUAAACCUUGAUGAGCUGAUGCAUGAUUCACGACCAGGGAAUUCAGGCUUUUGAAUGGUUGAUUUGCUGCUAAUUAGCUUAUCUGUGACGGUUGAGGCAGCUCGGAGCAGUUUAAAUUUGCAAAGUCAGUUAUGAUCCUCACGUUCUCCUCAUAUCUGCUGCUUUAUGCAAAAGAGGAAGAACCCAUUGUUUAAAUCAACCAAUGAGACGGAGAGAGGAGACGGUUCACACAGUCUGGCCAUAACAAAGAAGCAGUUUACAGUAUUAUUACCACCAAAGUAUUGAAGUAGUCAUUGUGUGGGAGGUAUUUGUAUCUGUAGUAUUCAGAAUGAUGAACAGAUGAUGUGAACACAUGAAGCUGCAGUCGACCUCUCAGACCUCCUCAGGACGAGAGGCAGAGACGUGAAGCUCGGUCGCAGCUGGGUGUCUCAGUCCAACGUCCUCCUUCAGUGUCCCUGUCUGCAGAGCCCGACCCCCCGGCCCCUCUGGCCUGCUCGACUCAGUGUCACAUUCUCACACAUGUUAAAGCUCAUUGUCAUCCCUUUGUUUAGUAAUAACUAAAACGAACGUAUGUGUUGUCACCGUGUCAGGGUCAACUUAUGUUUUCCACAGAUGACGGGUAGAAUUUCUCAGGAGUUUGCAGAUUGAGUUUGAAGCAGGAAAUAGUUUAAGUCUGGAACAGUUAUUAUCCAUCUUUGACGGUGGAUCCUCCUCAUCAUGCUGAGAUGUUUGUGGUCUGGGGGUGCAGUGGUUAGCACCUUGCAGCAGAAGGUUUCUGGUUCGAACCCCAGUUUGUUCAGUGUCUUUCUGUGUGGACUUUGCUUGUUUUCUUUUUGUCUGCGUGGUCUCCUGCCGUGCACAGACCUUCACACUGGGGUCAGGUGAGAUGGAGACUCUAACCUGACCCCACCUCUCGUACAGCUUGGAUUGGCUCCAGCUCCCCUGUGCUGCUGGAAAGAAAAGCCUUUGAGAAAAUGAAUAGAUGGAUAUUUGUAUUCCACCAGUUUUGUGUCAUGUGUUAGAAACGUCAGCAGCUCACUCACUGUCAGGACGUUUUCCUGUUGUAUUCUCACCUGAGCUCCCUGGGACACCUGCCUCCUCGCAGCAGAGCCUCUGGAUGAGGUCAGAGCAAGGUCAGGACCUCCAUGAAGAUCCUGUUUCAGGCUGUGAUGACUUCUACAUGUUACAGUUUGCAGAGGGAUGCAUGUGCUUUCAUUGUGUAACAGAAAGAAGAAAAAACAAAACAAUGAUGGGAAUGAACCUUACACACAGUUUUGGUUCCAACAAGCUUGUCUUCCAGUCGGUGCCGACAGGAACCAGAGAAAGUUCUAAUGUUUACACAGAAUCACAGAAUCGUCACCGACAGACACGUUCAGGGCAAACGCGUCAGAUGCAGCGAAACUCAAACUAACAAAAUCUCUGGCAUGUGAUGUUUGUUCUUCUGUUGUCUGGUCGGGUUUUUCUCCGACAGGCUGUCUGUCACCUGAAUGCAUCGUUGUUCCUGCAGUCGAGUUCUCAUCUUGGGCCAAACUUGAAUCGAGCUGCCAAUCAAAGGGAUAUAUUUUGAGAACAUGUCAGUGGGUCACUGCCCAGUUUCUGUUCAGACUCAUCGAAUCAUUAUCUCACGUCAGAACGUUGAUUUCUCCUUCGUUGUAUAUUUCACUCGUCCAAUUAUUUGUGAUGAAAUUCAGAAACAAAAACGUUUGUGUGUGUGUGUGUGUGUGUGUGUGUCUCGGUCAUUUGUAGAAAAUAGAAAUUUCUGAAAAAGAAGAAGAUGAAUAUUUUCUGAUCUGUUCACAUGAGGAAGAGAGUGAUGUUGCCUUGGUAACUGAUGUAAUAAAAAUGAUACUGUGUGAU